CACACGAGCUCGAGGCCUCAGAGAGAAAGAGAGAGACACACACACACACGGAGAGAGAGAGAGAAAACUGAAAACGUCUUAUUUUGAAAGACUUUCAUCCAUGUGGAUAUUUGUAAUCUCUGGAUUUCAUUUCACUGGAUUUCUAUUUUUAAAUUCUUCACAAGACGGUGACCGGGACAUCAGCGGCAGCUGCGGCCGCUCGUGUCGCUCCUCACAGCGGACUCUUCCUCCUCCUCUUCGUCGUUUUCCCGCGCUGUGAGCAUGAUGUCAUACCUCAAACAGGCCCCGUACGGGAUCAACGGACUGGGCCUGAGCGGAGCCGCCAUGGACCUGCUGCACCCGUCAGUGGGUUACCCCGUGAACCCUCGUAAGCAGCGCCGGGAGCGAACGACAUUCACGCGAACUCAACUCGACAUCCUGGAGUCUCUGUUCGCAAAGACGCGAUAUCCCGACAUUUUCAUGAGGGAGGAGGUGGCGCUAAAGAUCAACCUGCCCGAGUCCAGAGUCCAGGUGUGGUUUAAGAACCGACGAGCCAAAUGUCGGCAGCAGCAGCAGAGCAGCAACAGCAGCAGCAGCAAAGUCAAAGCCAUGAAGAAGAAGUCGUCUCCGACCAGAGAGAGCACGGGCUCAGAGAGCAGCGGCCAGUUCACGCCCCCGGCGGCCGUGACUAGCUCCGCCUCCUCAGCUCAGUCCUCUUCCUCGUCCUCUUCCUCAGUCUCCUCCGGCCUCAUCAGCACGUCCACCUCCGUCACCGCCCCGGUGUCGUCCAUCUGGAGCCCGGCACCCAUCUCCCCGGCCCCGGCCCCCACGGUGCUGCCCGACCCCGCCGCCCCCACCAGUGCCUCCUGCAUGCAGCGCUCCAUGUCGUCCUCGGCCACCGGGGGGGCGCCAUCCUACCCGGUGUCCUAUGGGCAAACGGCAGCGGCAGCGUAUGGUCAGGGCUACCCGGCCUCCGCGGCCUCAGGCUCCUACUUUGGUGGCGUGGAGUGUGGCUCGUAUCUGGCGCCCAUGCACUCGCACCACCACCCACACCACCCGCACCAGCUGAGCCCCAUGACCGGCAGCUCCAUGUCCGGACACCCGCACCACCACAUCAGCCAGGCGUCAGGACACCACCCCCAUCACCACCACCACCACCCGCCGCACCACCACCAGGCGUACAGCGCGCCGGGCCUCACCUUCAACUCCACGGACUGCCUGGAUUACAAAGAGCAGACGACGGCGGCGGCGGCAGCGGCCGCGUCCGCCUGGAAACUCAACUUCAACACUGCCUCCGACUGUUUGGACUACAAAGACCAGGCAUCAUGGCGUUUCCAAGUGCUGUGACAUCCUGUUUCUCUUCUUCUGAGGAAACUAACAGUAGAGUUGUUGGGUUUUUUUUGUGUUUUUUUAAAAAAAGGUUAUUUGAGCCAAAACGUAGCGUGACGUCACCUGGGAUUAUUUUUCUAAUCCAGAAUUUGAGGGAAAUGAUGACUAGUUCUGGAUAUUUAAAGCGUGGCUGUGCGUGCGACUGACACUUGGUUAGCUCUGAGAUCACAUUGCACGCCCCCUGCUGGUCUCCUGUGUCGACAACCAGUCUCCAGUUUCCUCAGUGAAGACAUGGCUACCAGCAGAGCGGCUUCACUAAAAACUCACGGAAUAAAAACUUUGUCAGAUGAAGUCUGUGAUUUUUGUAAACCACUCACUCUCCCACACCAAAGUCCAUAGAAAAAAAUCAGUGAUUUUAGCUGGCGGGACAGAGGAGCUGCUGGUCUGCUGCUGCCUCGUGUGGUUACUUUGUGUCACUGAGAUUAAUCUGAAAGAAGAAUUUCAAAUGCCGAAUUUUACAUAAUAAGACAUUUGAAUUUAGUGAUGGAGGCAGCAGUGGAUCAACAACUCCCGUGUGCUGUGAUGUUAAAAUCGUUGUUUUUGUCUUUGGUGUGAGAGAGUGAGCGGUUCAUGAAGUGACACCAACUUUGCGUUUUAAGGCUGGAUCUCAAGUCUACGAUAUAUCGAGAACAUGUUCACGUCUUUAUCGCACUGUUAGACAGACUUUCCAACAGGAAACUGAAGUUUGUAAAUCCACUCACUCUCCCACACCAAAGUCCAUAGAGAAAAUCAACGUUUUUACAUCACAGCACACAGGAGUUUUUGAUCCACUGCUGCCCCUUUACCCCUAUAAAACAAUGCUGCUGUGAUUUUUCACCUCUUGCUCAGACGGUCGUGGUGCGGCUGUGGGUGUGUUGUUCUGCAGACUUUACCGCAGCACUUGUUUUGUUUUGUUUUUUUUACAGUGAAAGGUUUUUUUGCUCAAUGCAGGAAGAGAGAGCAUAAAGAAAAAUGUGAAUAUGAUGUCAGUAUUCUGCUGAACCCUGAAAAGAUGUACACGUUUGUGUCUUUAUAAUAAAGACUUGUUUAAAACAUGA